UCAUAGGUAAACAAUCUUGACGUCAUCAUUACAUCAUUAACCUUUAAAUUUAACUGGAAGCUCCGGUAGUUUGUUGCUCUUUGUGGAAGUUUUCACGAAGCGGGCGGAAGGGCGGUAAAUCAGUGCGUUAACUGCAUGCGGGCGUCUUCCGUAAAACCUCAACACAACAACAGACGUUAUUUUAUGACUGCAGUAACACGCGAAGACGUUCAAAAUUUCUGGAGCGAGGAAUUGAAACUAUUUUUUUUCUCCAAAGUUGCACUUUCGACAUUCGUGGAUUGAUUAACAUUGCCUGUGAAGUUUGUUAGGCAUUAGAUAAGCAAUUAGGAGGAAAGAAGGAUUUAUUUGAGAGCCUCCGAAGUUGAAAAUUCCCGGAAAGAGUGGGACACACGGAGUACACUGCAGCAAAGGAUCACAAAUUAUUGGAAUACACAACAAGAAUCAUUAGCAUUAUGUAUUUAGCAAACGGGCAGUUCGACCGGUGCGAGACCUACAACCCUCCCACCCGUCACGACACCCGAAACGGACUCACGGUCACCCACCAACCCUAUCCGGCUUCCCACAUCAACCCAAACUCCAGUGUCUCCUAUACGACCAGCGAUCAGGCCACGCUCAUCGAAGACCAGCUCACAGCCAGUGGAAGCCACCCCGGAAGCCCUGGUCGACCAGGGCGAGGCGGCGUCGGCGGUCGAAGAGGAGGUGGAAGUCGGAUUGGGUCUAGGCGCGGUAUCCACAAGAACAAGCAACCUGAAAUUAGGCCUUGGAACAGCAAUUUAUUAGCGUGCUGCGAUGAUCCAGAAAUAUGUAUUACAGGACUGGCGUGUUGCCCCUGCCUAGCUAGCCGUCUAUCCGAGAGGUUGGGGGAGAACCCGCUAGCAUGCUGCCUACCCUUCGGCUGUGUAGCACUGCGUGUCAAGCUCCGAACACAACAUCAUAUACAGGGUGACAUUUGUUCUGAUUACGGAGUCACGUGCUGCUGUGGGUGCCCGCUGUCGCUCUGCCAAAUGUGGCGGGAACUGGAUUACAUCGAAAAGAAGAAUAACCCUGGGUCUUCUGCCAACGGUAGUCAUGGAAACCAGGGCAAUAACACCUCAACGUCAAGUCGGAGUUUCCUCGAUAUGCUUACAUUUUGAAAUUUGUCAUCGAAGUAUACAUGCUGAAUGUUUAAAAUCUUUAUACCGCGAACACUUCAUUAUGAUGCCUUUUGAGAACUUUUAAAAACGGUAUCAUAAUUAUAUGGAAUACAUGUUUUUAACAAGAAUAUUUACGUUGGGAGGAUAAUUACAUUUUAAAAAGAGCGAGACGUUUUUGAAGUUGCAAGACGUCUGUUGAGAAUUUAGAGUGUAAAUAGUAAUGUUUGGGAAUGAAUAUUUUGAUGAUUCGUAAUAAAUCCUUUGUAUUACACCUACAUUUAUUUUACUCUCUUUGCCCCCCCCCCCAAUCCUCCUU